ACCACCCGAGUCCCGCUUCUGGCUCCCGCUGCGGGCGCCCCAGCCCUUACCUGCGGCUGACAGCACUCAGUCCUCAGGUCUGCCGCUGGCUCCCGAGGCGGGAACUCGUGAUGGCCUGAUAGAAGCCAUCGGUCCUGCUGAUGCUAUCCGGAGACAGUUUCCCGAGGAGGCGUUCGAUGAGGUGAUCGACUGCACUGGGAAGUGCGUCCUGCCAGGUCUGGUGGACGCACACACGCAUCCGGUGUGGGACGGGGACAGAGUGCACGAGUUUGCAAUGAAGUUGGCAGGCGCCUCGUACAUGGACAUCCACCGGGCCGGUGGGGGCAUCCACUACACGGUGGAGCACACGCGCCAGGCCUCGGAUGAGCAGCUGUUCGAGGCACUGGUGCGGCGGCUGCAGGCCAUGGUGCGCGCGGGCACCACGCUGGUCGAGGGCAAGAGCGGCUAUGGCCUGGACCUGGACACCGAGCUCAAGAUGCUGCGUGUGCUGGAGCGCGCCCGGCGCCAGGGUGGCGUGGGCAUCUCCACCACCUACUGCGGGGCGCACGCCGUGCCCAGGGGAAAAACCGCAUCGGAAGCUGCCGAUGACAUUGUCCAGAAGCACCUACCACGACUGCAGGAGCUCAUCAGGACGGGAGAGGUGCAUGUGGACAACAUCGAUGUGUUCUGCGAGGAGGGUGUCUUUGACCUGGACACCACUCGGCGGAUCCUGCAGCGUGGCAAGGCCAUGGGGCUGCUGAUCAACUUCCACGGGGACGAGCUGCGCCCGAUGGGGGCGGCCGAGCCCAGACUGAAGCCGCCGCGAGCCAGGAAGAUGCUGGACGAAGGGGUCGUGGUGGCUCUGGGCAGCGACUUCAACCCUAACGCGCAUUGCCUCUCCAUGCCGAUGGUCAUGCAUCUGGCCUGCGUGAACCUGGGAAUGACCAUGGACGAGGCCCUGGCCGCCGCCACCAUCAACGCGGCGCACGCGCUGGGCAGAUCUCACACGCACGGCUCCUUGGAGGUUGGCAAGCAGGGCGACUUUGUUGUCAUCGGCGCGUCCAGGUGGGAGCAUUUGAUCUACCAGUUCGGAGGCCACCACGAAUUGAUCGAAUAUGUCAUCGUUAAAGGAAAAGUCAUUUAUAGAAAUGACAGCUCUGAGAACAAAGAGAAGACCCCUUGACUAUAUGAAUCGGGAUGGUGAUGUUAAAAGUUAGAGCACCUUAGUACUUUACCAGAAUUAUGUCACUUAAACCCAAAUGGAUUUCAGGACCUUGUUAAUCCACUCAAAAACCCCAUGGGAUUGAUUUAUGCUAAUUUAACGUGUGCGCCUGCCGCUUAAACGGGGAGCCCCGCUGGGAUGGUCACGCCCAAACAUUCAGCUAUUUCCCGAACAGUGCUAUGCAUUUUCUGGAGAUUACUAUGACGAGGUGUCAGGACAAUGCCUCCACGGGGAGCAGCAGACUUGGCUUGAAAUGUCCCCUCAUGUCCCCAGCUGUCAGGGUUGAAGCUGAACUUGGCCAACUUGGGGGUGGAAGAAGGUCCGAGUGAUGCCCGUGAGGCGAGGACGGCGCCUUCCUCAGUCCCACGCGGCACCUUCCCUCCCACAGCCUCUUUCUGGAGAUGAGUGUCCCCCGACGAGGAGGACACUGCGCUUCUAAAGUCCCUUGCCCUGCCGUGAUGCCCACAGCAGAGCUGAAGGCAUGUCGUUCUGAGCCAGGUUCAGGGGCCUCCGCUCAUGGGGGGUUUUGGCCACAUCCAAUCAUGUGAUUUUUCUGGAAAUCAUUUUUAAUCCUUCACAUUGACAAAUGGACAAAAACUACUUCCCAGAUCUCAAUAAAUACCUGCUGU